AGGAAACUGACCUCUGAAGGAGCAGCUGAGCUCUUGACUGCACCCUCAGCCUCAGCCAUCACAGGCCCCUGAGCCUUUCCAGGCAUCUGACUGAAUCCGCCUCUGGAAUGAGAUCUUUCUCUGGUGGGUCCUCAGUGAAGACCCCUGCCAUACCGGUGACCGUGACCUGCCUGGCCAUCACAACACUGUGUGCAUCAGGGAACAUCCCCAGACCAGGCCUUCUUGGAUGUCAUGUGCUGGUCCCUCCGCCUGAUGCAGCUGUCCUGCACGUGCAUGGCCUUCUCGCUGGUGGCUGACAUGGGCAUUCAGAGGGGAGACAUAGGUACCUUGUCCCUGUUCUUCUGGUGCUCCUGUUUCGCCUUGACCCUCAUCAUCUCCAUAGUCGAGUUAUGUAGGCUCCCGUCCCGCUUUCGUUUCUUCUGGUACAACUUCCCCAUCACCUACGCCUGCUACGCCGCCCUCACCUGCUUCUCAGCCUCCAUCACCUACUGCAUCAGCUACGUCCAGUUCCUGCCUGAUGGUCCUUACCGGGAUCGGGCCGUCGCCGCCACUGCAUUCUCCGGCAUCGCGUGUGUGCUUUAUGCCAUAGAAGUGACCUAUAUGUGGGACUGCUACAGCCUCGAUGAGAUCACCUGCUAUGUGCACACUGUGCCAGGCCUGCUGAAGGUGCUGGAGACCUUUGUGAGCGGUUUCACCUUUGGCUUCCUCAGCAACACCAACCUGUACCUGCACCAGCCGGCCCUGGUGUGGUGCGUGGCCGUGUACUCCAUCUGCUUCAUCUCUGCAGCUGUGGUCCUCCUGCUGAACAUGGGCAAAGGGGAACACAGGCCGGCCGUCAACUCCCCCAUUUUCCAGGCUGUGCUCACCCUGCUCUCUGUCCUCCUCUAUGUCAGCGCUCUGGUCCUCUGGCCGCUCUACCAGUUCUAUGAGGAGUUCGGCGGGCAGCCCCAGCGGUCCAGCGAUAGGAGCUGCACUAAUGGGCUCACCUACUACGUCUGCAGCUGGGACCAACGACUGAGUGCGACCAUCUUGACAGCCAUCAACCUGCUGAUUUAUGUGGCUGACGUGGUGUACUGGGCCCGCCAGGUUUCUGCAGGGACUGAGGAUGUGCCCAGUGCACCUGAUCCCCUCUGCUCACCAGAGGUAUCUUUACAGAGCUCUGACGUCCUCUGAUGUCCUCUUCCUGUCCCCUCUCUCUCUUCUCACAUCCUUCCCCAUUCAUCUCACUCUCUUUUCUGUUUCCUUCCCUCCUUCUGCUCUGUCUCCUUCCUAUUUCUUUGGUUGCCCACAUCCUCUUUUACCUCCUUCUCUUGCUGCUCUCAUCUUUCCUACAUUUUCUGCUUUUUGGCCCUUUUCUGGUUGUCCUUUGUUUUCUCAUCUCCUGUGUCCUGACCACCUCUUCCUAUUGUCCUUCUUCUGAUCAGUCGGGACCCUGAGAUUUCUUCCUUCUCUGCCCACCGCCCCCCUCCCACCUCCUAAGGUGCUGACUCCACACCACACAGCCCUCUGUGCAGCUGUUCACACCCUGGGCCUCCGGGGGGGCCUCACUGCCAAAGCAGGCCUGUCCCCUGGUGGUGCCUUAGUUGGCAUAUGUGUGUGGGUUUAGGGUUAGGGGUGGUAGGUAGCGACUGGGCCCCCUUUCUCCCAGUGGAGUGGGCUGUACAGUUCACUUCCCCUUAAGUUAAAGACAAUCUCUGGAGGUCAGUAAUUUCCAGUGGGUGGAAAUUACUGGAAGCAGAAAGCCUGGAUCCGUGGGUCCCAGCUGUCUCAGCCCCACCUGACAUUGGCUCCAGUAUUUUUGCAGGCUUCCUAAAGCCACUGACUAGAGGGCAUCUUAAAUGAAGUUGGAAUGCUUUCCAUCCCAACCAAUCUCUGGGGAAUAAAAAAAAAAGGAGCUGGCAGAGAACCCCACAAUCUUGAAGACACCUGUCUGCAGUGUUUGUUUUCCUCCUGGCCAGCGAUGUGACCACCCUGCCUCAAAAUAGCAUGUCCUGCCUCUGCAGAGAGAAGUAAUGGCCACUGCAGCCUUAAAGCUGGUGUUGGACUGGGUUUUUUUUUUUUUCUUUUUUUCCUGUCUUCUGGUGAUGGCAAAAAUUACUGGGUGACCCUGUUCUUAAAGGGGAAGUUUCUUUUCAAAUUUUCUUGGGACAGUGGUUUGGGAUGGCUGGGGGGGUUGCUGCUUCUGUUGUCAAAGGAACUGCAGUGCUUGAGUGUGAGGGGCCACGUGUGUUUCUGUGUGCCAGUUGCUUUCUGUUGCUGCUUCCUGAUUCUCUGGGACUCAGGCAUAAUGUGAUCUAGAUCAAUGUAUACAAUUAAAAAACAUUAUUCUGGA